UUAUAUAAACCCCCUCCGGGUUCUAAAGCUUUUCAACAAGAAGUAUAUUGUAAUCUUUCCUGCUCGAUCAUCUCUCUAUCUGAUAAUAUGGAUGGGAAGAGACUAGAGUACAAAGGUGAGGAGGCAUUAAAGGAGAUCGAGAGACUCACAGAAAAGGCUGACGAAGUUCAAAAGAAGAUCUUGAAAGAGAUCUUAACACGAAACAGAGAAACCGAGUAUCUCAGCAAGUAUAUGAAAGGAUCAAAAGAUAUCUUGGAUUUCAAGCUCAACGUUCCUGUCAUUACUUACAUGGGUAUCCGCCCCUUUAUCCAAAGAAUCGCUAAUGGUGAAGAUUCCUCUCUCAUUUCUGGUCACCCUAUUACUGAAAUGCUAAGCAGUUCAGGGACUUCAGCUGGAGAGCCUAAGUUGAUGCCCUCAAUAGCAGAAGAUCUUGACAGGCGAACAUUUUUGUAUAAUCUUAUCAUGCCAGUCAUGAAUCAGUAUGUCCCCGGCCUAGACGAGGGCAAGGCGAUGUACCUCUACUUUAUCAAGGCGGAAAUUUCCACACCGUGCGGUUUGCCGGCGCGGGCUGUGCUCACCAGCUUCUAUAAAAGCAAGCACUUCAAGUGCCGGUCACGAGACCCUUUCAACGACUACACGAGCCCCGACGAAGCCAUCCUUUGCAACGACAGCAACCAAAGCAUGUAUUGCCAGCUUUUAGCCGGUCUAAUCCACCGCCACCAAGUCCUCCGGCUAGGGGCGGUUUUCGCCUCCGCUUUUCUCCGAGCCAUCUCGUUCCUCGAACGUAAUUGGGUUCGUCUCUGCGAUGAUAUCCGCACCGGCCAGCUAGACCCGACGAUCACAGACCCCAGAUGCCGUUCAUGUAUGUCUUCCGUGCUUUCAUCACCGGACCCGCGUCUUGCGGGCGAGAUCGAGGACAUCUGUAGCCGUUCAUCGUGGAAGGGUGUUUUGUGCCACCUUUGGCCUCGGGCGAAGUACAUUGAGGCUGUGGUGACUGGGUCCAUGGCGCAGUAUAUACCGGCGCUGGAGUAUUACAGUGAUGGGAAAUUGCCGUUGGUGUCCACCAUGUAUGCCUCGUCGGAAUGUUACUUCGGCGUCAACUUGAAGCCGUUAUGUGACCCCGCUGACGUCGCGUUUACCCUCAUGCCGAACAUGUGUUAUUUUGAAUUUAUACCGUUGGGAGAGAAUGGGACAAUGUUGAUGGACGUCGGUGAAGAAGAGGAGGUGAACAGUGAUAAGCUGGUCGACCUGGUGCAGCUUAGGCUCGGCUGUUAUUAUGAAUUGGUAGUCACUACCUUCGCUGGACUAUAUCGAUAUCGUAUUGGUGAUGUGCUCCAAGUGACUGGAUUCCAUAAUACAGCCCCUCAGUUCCGAUUCAUCUGCCGGAGAAAUGUCCUCCUCAGCAUCGACAACGACAAAACCAACGAGGAGGAUUUGCAUAAGAGCGUCACGGUGGCCAAGAAAUUGCUAGAACCUUACAAUGCUUUGCUCGUGGAGUACACUAGCUCUGCGGACACGUCAACUUUGCCGGGACAUUAUGUAUUGUAUUGGGAGAUUCAACUUCAUGGAUCGAAGGCAGGCAUGGCUGUGGAAGAAGAGGUCGAAGAUAAGGUGCUCCAAGAAUGUUGCAUUGCUGUGGAAGAAAAGCUUGACUACAUAUACCGACGAUGCCGAGCACAUGACAAGUCCGUAGGGCCCCUUGAGAUCCGUGUAGUGGAGCCGGGAACUUUUGAGGAAUUGAUGGACUUGUUCAUCGACCGAGGGGGAUCGAUCAACCAAUAUAAAACGCCGAGGUGCAUCAAAUCUAAGGCAGCUCUUAAGCUGCUUAAUUCUCAUGUCAAGGCAUCUUUUUUCAGUCCUAGGGAUCCAAAGUGGGUUCCCUAGAAUGUACGUUGUCUUACGUUUUAUGCAAGAGUACUUAUUAA